AUGUUACAUUUCUACAUUUCAGAGCACUAUUCGAUGUCAGGGAAGGUAGAUGAUCUCUAUCUGCCCAAUGCAGUUAUCUUACGGAUUAUCCGUGACUCCUUGCCUGAUCGCACAGUGGUCAGUCGUGAGGCGCGGUCUGCCAUUAGCAAAGCGGCCAGUUCUUUCAUCCUCUAUGUGACCUCCUUGGCUAGCACGCACUGCGAAGCUGCCAAACGGAAGACGCUGGCAGUUGGAGACAUUCUUGCUGCAUUGAAGGACAUGCAAUUCGAACACUACAUUGUAGAGCUCCAGACGUUUCUGGAACAAUACCGAGCACGUGCUUCGCAAAAGAAAGCUGCAAAAAGACCUCCCGCAUCUUCAGAUGAACCAGCGCUCGUCUCCGAGACUGCAUCCGUUGAACAGACAGAACUUCUCGAGGAAGAUGGACAGGAUACCGGUACGAUAGAUAUUGUGGAUGACACUGAGGACCUUGAACCUGUACAGCCGUUUGCGACUUCACAAACCCCGUCCACCUCACACCAGACUGUUGAGACAGAUUUCUAGUGUUUUCUGAACUGUCGGAUGACACACUAUUUGCCUUGUUCGGUGUCCCAUUCUUCCACAUAGCAUUUCUAUUCGUUUUUUUACGGGAUUCAUAGUGUUUUGCCUUUUAUAUUAUUUGUAUGGUC